AUGGAAUUUUCAGCGUGCAGGAAUUUGGGCAUUUUUGUGAUUUUAGGAUUUUUCUUAGCAGGUUUGUGGAUUUUUUUCAAAAAAAAAAUUUUUGGGGACCAAAAAAUGUAUAUUUCUAUACAUUUUUUAGUAGGAAAUGUGAAUUUCCGGAAGAUUUUUGGCGCCAAAAAUCAUCGGGUACUGUAGAUUUUGGCGCCAAAAUUUCAAGAGUACUGUAGGCUUGAAUCUUGAGAAAUACGGUAGAUUUUAGCGCGAAAAAACUGAGGAUUACUGUAGCUCAAAAUGUACAGUACUCCAAUCUCUAGGGAUUACUGUAUGUUCCUUUAAAUAUUCUGAAAUUCCUACAGUAAUCCAAAAACAUGUUCUGAAUUCAAUUAUAAAUUUCUAUGAUCCUUUAAAAUCUACAGUAACCUGAAAAAAUUAGUAAAGAAAAAUAUUACUAGUAUUUUUACCGAUCUACAGUACCCCGGAAAAUCAUAUGGUUUCUAAUGAUAAAAAUGUCAUGUUCCUUUAAAUCUACAGUACUCCAGAAAAUCUGUUUUUUUAUGGAAAAUUGUUAUGUUCCUUUAAACUUACAGUAUCCCAAAAAAUUCUAAUUUUCCCCCACUAAAAAUAUAUGUCCCUUCAACCUACAGUACUCCCCUAAUCUCCCCCCAAAAUUUCCCAUUUUCCAGGUCUCGAAGCGGCCAGUGCGCCUUUAAAUACCGUAUCCCCGGCUCAAAAUUGCUCGGCAACAAAAGGAGCCUUCUCAUGUUACACGUGUAUGGGGAGAGAUAUGCAAAACUGUAAUUGGGGAACCACGUGCUGUAAAGGAGCUUGCUAUAAAUUGGAGGAUGUUGGUAAGGAAUUUUUGGCGGGAAAAUUUGGGGAUUUUCGGUGAAAAUUUGGAACUUUUUGGUGAAAAUUUGGGUAAAAUUGUGCCACAAUUAUUGAUCUAUGAUUUUUUGAAUUUUUUGAAAUUAAUUUUGGUGCUAGAAAUUCUAUUUUAUAAUUUUAUUUUAGCAUAUUUGAAAAUCAUUAAUUUUUGUUAUGAAAAUUUUGAAACAGUGAAUUUUUUAUUUAAAAACAAUUUUUGUCACGUGGCAUUUCUGAAUUUUAUUUAAAAUUUUUGAUUUUUUAAAAUUUAUUAGCCACUAACAUAACAUAUUCGAGAAAUCUCCGAUUUUUAUUCUAAAAAUUUUGAAACAGUGAAUUUUUUUCCAACAAAAAAUUCACUGUUUCAAAAUUUCAUCAAAAUUUCAUAAAUAGGACUCAGGGAAUCACGGGCGAGAUCUCCGCGAUUCGCGGAAAUCUCGCGGUGCUCUCUCAAAAAUCAAAAAGUAGAGGCGCCGCGAGACACAACUAAUCGCUUUUAAUCAUACUCACUCGGCCGGCCUCGAUCCGUCACUCUCCGCCUCGCACACAUUCCUAUUACCCACUUGACCAUCCACGCGCACGACUCAUAUCGCUGAAACGUGUUUCAUAUCUCUGCACUCUUGUCGUGACAGCCCGUGAAAUUCACGCGAAACGCAAACUUUUCUGCGUUUUGCGGAAAUCUCGCGACAAAAUAUUUCGACCGAGUCACUUCGCUAAAUUUGCGCAAUUCGCAAAUGUCCACCGCGAAGUUUCUGCAAACGCUGGACGCCCGCGAAUCGCGUAGAUCUCGCCCGUGAUUCCCUGAGGAGAUAGUCGAACAUCUUUGAGAAAUCUCCAAUUUUUGUUAUAAAAAUUUUGAAACAGUGAAUUUUUUUCUAACAAAAAUGGUUAUUUUUGCCAUCGUAACAUCUUCAAAAAUCAUCAAUUUUUAUUAUAAAAAUUUUGAAACAGUGAAUUUUUUCUAACAAAAAAACUUUGGAACCAAAAAUAAAAUUUUUGAAUUUUGAAACGUGGCUUACUUAUUUUUCCCAUAAAUAUUUUCAAGCUAAUAUAUGUACUCGUACCAUUCAUUGAUUUAAAAAACCCACAAUUUCCAUUUUAAAAAUUUUGAAACAGUGAAUUUUUUUCCAACAAAAAAAUUUUUGGAACUGAAUUUUUUGGAGCUAAAAUUAAAAAUCGCCACGUAGCUGAGGAUUUUCGGCCUCGAAAAUUGUUAUUUUUUGCCACGUGGCAUAUUUCUUGUUUGUAUUUUUUAUGGAAUGUAUACGAUGAAAUAUUUUAGAGCAUUUUUGAAAAUCUUCAAUUUUUGCUAUAAAAAAUUUGAAACAGUGAAUUUUUUCAAAUCAAUUUUUGCCACGUGGCAUUUCUGAAUUCAAUAAAGCUAAAAUACUCGUACCAUUCUCAAUUAAUUAAAAAAACCCCCACAAUUUUUAUUAUGAAAAUUUUGAAUAUAGAACAAUUUCGAAAAUCCUAAAUUUUUAUUAUGAAAAUUUGAAACAGUGAAUUAUUUUCCAACGAAAACAUUUUUCAGAGUUAAUUUUUUUCGCCUCAAAAACAAAAUUCGCCACGUAGCUGGGGACUUUUGGCUUCAAAGAAAAUUGUUUGGAUUUUUUUAAAAUCAUUUUUUCCAUUUCAACAUGUUCAAAAAUCCUAAAUUUUUAUUCAAAAAAUUUUGAAACAGUGAAUUUUUCUAGCUAAUUUUUUGGAGUGGUUGAGCUUAGAAACUCCUUUGAAAAUCCGCUAUUUUUCAAAUGAAAAUUUUGAAACAGUGAUUUUUUUUCUAAUAAAAAAACUUUGGAACCAAAAAUAAAAUUUUGAAUUAUGCCACGUGGCUUAAUUAUUUUUCCCAUAAUAAUUUUAAAGCUAAUAUACUCGUACCAUUAUCAAUUCAUUUGAAAAAAAAACCCACAAUUUUUCAAAUGAAAAUUUUGAAACAGUGAAUUUUUUCCAACAAAAAAAAUUCACUGUUUCAAAAUUUCAUCAUCAUCUAUAAAUAGGAGAUAUUCGAACAUCUUUGAGAAAUCUUCAAAUUUGAUAAGAAAAUUUUGAAACAGUGAAAUUUUUUCUAACAAAAAAAUUUUUGGAGCCGAAUUUUUUGGAUCUAAAAAUAAAAGGAUUUUCGGCCUCAAAAAUUGUUAUUUUUUGCCACGUGGCAUGUAAAAAUCCAAAAAAUGUUUGAUGAUCAAAUUUUGAAGCAGUGAAUUUUUUUCUAAUAAAAAAAUUUUUCAGACGUAAUAUUUUUGGCCCCGAAAAUCUUUGAAUUUUGCCACGUGGUAUAUUUUUCGUUUGUAAUUUUUACGGUACAAAUAAUAUCCAUUGAAAGCAUCUUCGAAAAUCCACAAUUUUAUGAAAUCAAAAUUUUGAAACAGUGAAUUUUUUGUUUCUAAUUUUUACGGAAUAUAAACGAUAACUUUCAAACAUUUUUGAAAAUUCACGAUUUUUCAAAUGAAAAUUUUGAACCAGUGAUUUUUUUCCAAAAAAAAAAUUUUGGAACCAAAAAUAAAUAUUUUGAAUUUUGCCACGUGGCUCACUUAUUUUUUCCAUUAAUAUUUUAAAGCUAAAAAAUACUCGUACCAUUCUCAAUUGAUUAAAAAAAAACCCCACAAUUUUUAUUAUGAAAUUUUUGAAACAGUGAACUUUUUUCUAACAAAAAAAUUUUCAGAGUUAUUUUUUUGAGGCCAAAAAUUGUUAUUUUUUGCCACGUGGCAUAUUUCUUGUUUGUAUUUUUUAUGGAAUGUAUACGAUGAAGUACUUCCGAGCAUUUUUGAAAAUCAUCAAUUUUUAUUCAAGAAAUUCUGAAACAGUGAAUUUUUUUUAAUCAAUUAUUUCCACGUGGCAUUUUUGAAUUUAAUUCAAAUUUUUAAUUUUUUUAAAUGUAUUUGCCACUAACCUAACAUAUUAGAGAAAUCUCCGAUUUUUAUUCUAAAAAAUUUGAAACGGUGAAGUUUUUUUUGAUCAAUUUUCGCCACGUGGCAUUUCUGAACCUCGAAAAUUUCCAUCAAAAAACUUUGCCUGAACAUUUCGAAAAUCCACAAUUUUUUUUAUUUCUCAUUUGUUUUGGAAAUUUAUCGAACAUCUUUGAGAAAUCUCCAAUUUUUACUAUAAAAAUUUUGAAACGGUGAAUUUUUUUCUAAUAAAAAAAUUUGUCAGAGAUAAUUUUUUGAGGCCAAAAAAUAAAAAUCGCCACGUAGCUGAGGAUUUUCGGCCUCAAAAAUUGAUAUAUUUGCCACGUGGCAUAUUUUUUGUUUGUAAUUUUUACGGAAUGUAUACGAUGAAAUAUUUUAGAGCAUUUUUUGAAAAUUCACAAUUUUUCAAAUGAAAAUUUUGAAACAGUGAAAUUUUUUCUAACAAAAAAAUUAUUUUUAUAUUUACAGGCGUCACUUUAUGAUUUUCCUAUAAAUAUUCUCUCUCAUCUCCUUCUCUUUGUUCUUUUUCUUUUAUCUUUAUGCGCAAUAGUUUAAGUUAGCUUAAGUUAGCAAAAAUCGCGUCAAUUUCAUUACAAAGCACAGAGGUUAAUACUGACGAGACCUGCCUCUGAUACCGUCUAUUAAAAAGGUCGAAACGGUAGCGCGCUAGUAAUCUUCUCUUUCCAACUCAUCUUCCCUUUUCCCUUUUUUUUUCUCUUUUCUUCAAUUCCAAAAUUUAGCAUAUUCCUAAUAUUUUUAUUAUUUUAUUUGCCACGGUAACAUCUUCGAAAAUCCUCAAUUUUUUAAAUAAAAAUUUUGAAACAGUGAAUUUUUUUCGAAUCAAUUUUUGCCACCUGGCAUUUUUUGAAUUUAAUUCAAAUUUUUAAUCGUGUAUUUGUCAUUGAACAUCUUUGAGAAAUCUCCAAUUUUCAUUCAAAAAAUUUUGAAACAGUGAAUUUUUUUUACCAACAAAAAAUUUUUCAGAGUUAAUUUUUUGAGGCCAAAAAUUGUUAUUUUUGCCACGUGGUAUAUUUUUUGUUUCUAAUUUUUACGGAAUGAAUACAAACAGCAUUUUUGAAAAUCCAAAAUUUUUGUUAUAAAAAUUUUGAAACAGUAAAUUUUUUGCGAGACAUUUUUUGAAAAUCUCCAAUUUUUAUUGAAAAAAAUUUGAAACAGUGAAGUUUUUCGCACAAAAAAAAUCACUGUUUCAAAAUUUCUUUUUUUUAUUUCUCACGUGUUUUCAAACCAAUCAACUUGAUUUUUAUAAAAAAAAUUUUUGCCACGUGGAAUAUUUUUCUCCUGCAAAAACUUUUCAAAAAAAAAAUUGCAGCCCACAAUUUGAUCAUAAAAGGCUGUGUUCCGACACGUGAAGAGGACGCUUCGAUGAAAGUCAGAACUUUGGAGACCAAAUUGUAUUGGACACAAAAUGAGAAGGUUAAAGGUGGGUACAGUAACCCGGGGGGUACUGUAGCUACAAAAUACCGUACUCCCAUAUUUUCUUCCAGGCGAAUCCUUCUUCUGCAACCAAGGCGACUACUGUAACUCGGCAUCUACAGUAAUCUCAAUGAUCUCAAUGCUAUUGCCCUUUUCGAUUUUCCUACUGUAG